AUGGAAAUGAGAUAUGUUUAUGGGACGUUGUUCCCUGCACAUGUAGGGCAGACCCACCACCCUUGCCUUCUUCUUUAUCACACCAUGUACAGGAAGAAUAGUACUGGACGGAGAAAGCAAAAAGCCUUUGGUGGAAGUGCAACAUUAGGUUUAGGAUCCAUGGUCUCUAAGGUUCACUAG